GGCGAAGACGCUGGCAGCGCGACUUACCGUAAACACCCGAAGAGAUGCGCAGCCAUUUUCGGUUGAUUUCUCCAGGCUUCCGAGGGAAUUUUCUCUGGCAGGUCUCACUCGACUGCAAUGGGACUUCUGGACUGAACAGCACUACUCACCGAUGCCGCCGUCUUUUCCGGUGAAGCCUUUCUGAAGCUGCGAGGACACGAGGUGCCAAGACGUGAGGACCAGCCACUGCUUCCCAACAUGUCCAAGACCAAGAGCUCCGAGUCCGUCAAGGUGGUGGUCCGCUGUCGUCCUAUGAAUGACAAAGAGAAGGCCUCUAAAUUUGAGCAAAUGGUUUCUGUUGAUGUCAAACUGGGUCAGAUCAAGGUCAGGAACCCGCGGGAAGCCAGCGAACUCCCCAAAGUCUUUACUUUUGAUUCAGUUUACGACUGUAACUCGAAACAAAUAGAUCUGUAUGAUGAAACCUUCCGGCCUUUGGUCGAUUCUGUUCUCCUUGGCUUCAAUGGGACCAUUUUUGCUUACGGCCAAACAGGAACAGGAAAGACGUACACAAUGGAGGGAGUGAGAAAUGAUCCGGAGAGGAGAGGGGUGAUCCCCAACUCCUUUGAGCACAUUUUCACGCACAUUUCACGCUCCCAGAAUCAGCAGUACCUCGUCAGAGCGUCGUAUCUGGAAAUUUACCAAGAGGAGAUCCGGGACCUGCUCUCCAAAGACCAGUCCCACCGCCUGGAGCUCCGGGAGCGGCCCGACACGGGUGUGUACGUCAAGGACCUUUCGUCUUUUGUCACCAAGAGCGCGCGGGAGAUCGAACACGUGAUGAACGUGGGCAACCAGAACCGUUCGGUUGGCGCCACGAACAUGAACGAGCACAGCUCCCGAUCUCACGCGAUCUUUGUCAUCACGGUGGAGUGCAGCGAGUUGGGCGUGGAUGGAGAGAACCACAUCAGAGUGGGUAAGCUGAACCUGGUGGAUUUGGCUGGAAGCGAAAGGCAAACAAAGACCGGUGCUCAAGGCGAGAGAUUGAAAGAAGCCACGAAGAUAAACCUGUCGCUUUCCGCCCUGGGAAACGUCAUUUCGGCUCUGGUGGACGGCAGGAGCAGCCAUAUCCCCUACCGAGACUCCAAACUCACCCGCCUGCUGCAGGACUCCCUGGGGGGAAACGCCCGCACUGUGAUGGUCGCCAACAUCGGCCCGGCGUCCUACAACGUCGAAGAGACCCUGACCACGCUACGCUAUGCCAACCGGGCCAAGAACAUCAAGAAUAAACCGCACGUCAACGAGGACCCUAAGGACGCCCUGCUCAGGGAGUUCCAGGAGGAGAUCGCCCGGCUGAAGGAGCAGCUGGAGAAACGCGUGGGGAAGAAGAAAAAAAGGAGGCAGAGGAGGAGGGGCGGGGAAGGAAGCGACGGAGAAGACCUGGAGGACGGAGAGACGGAGGACGACGAAGAAGAAGGAGGCGGCGACUACUGGAGAGAGCAGCAGGAGAAGCUGGAGCGAGAGAAGAAGGCCGUCCUGGAGGACCACAGUCUGGUGGCCGAGGAGAAGGAUCGGCUGCUCAGGGAAAAGGAGAGGAAAAUGGAAGACUUGAAGAAAGAAAGAGAAGUCGGUGAAAUGCUUGCAGCUAAAGUUAAGGCGAUGGAGAGCAAGCUUCUUGUAGGUGGGAAAAAUAUUGUUGAUCACACCAAUGAGCAGCAGAGGAUGCUGGAGCUGAGGAGGCAGGAGAUUGCUGAACAGAAACGGAGAGAGAGAGAGAUGCAGCAGCAGAUGGAGAGUCGUGAUGAAGAGACUCUGGAGCUGAAGGAGACCUACAGCUCUCUGCAGCAGGAGGUCGACAUCAAGACCAAGAAGCUGAAAAAGCUGUUUUCCAAGCUGCAGGCGGUGAAGGCAGAAAUUCAGGACAUCCAGGAGGAGCACAUCAAGGAGCGGCAGGAACACGAACAGACGCAGAACGAGCUCACCAGAGAACUCAAACUCAAACAUCUGAUCAUCGAAAACUUCAUUCCUUUGGAGGAAAAGAAUAAAAUCCUCAACAGGGCUUUCUUCGACGAUGAGGAAGAGUGCUGGAAGAUGAAGGCCAUCACUCGCAUUGAGGACGACCAUCAGAUGUUGUCCCGGCCCCUGUCUGCCGUGGGCUACAGGAGGCCCCUCAGUCACCAUGCUCACAUCGCCAUGAGGAUGAAGCCUGACAUGAGAUACAAAGCUGAAAACAUCCUGUUGCUGGACAUGGACCUGCCUUCUCGGACCACUAAGGAGUACCAGGAGCCAGUCAUCGCUCCACAGGUGGCAGCAGCUCUGGAGGACGCUCUAAGAGACGAGGAUGAGAUCCAAGUAGACGCUUCAGGCUUCCACAGCAGCUCGGGACCAACUCCGCCUGCAAGUGCCAGCAGCAGCCUUAAGAAACCAAAGUCUGGUCGACCCAGAACAAGCAAGAAGUCGAGCACGCCGACCUCCCCUUUCAGCCCUUGCAGUCCAGCAUCCCCUCUCUACCCACAAUCCCGUGGCCUGGUGCCCAAGUGACGCCUUCUUCCAUUGCCGUCACCAACCUCUUUGUGCACCUUCCCACUUUAAGACUCUUAGAGGAUUGGGUUUGUUUGGUCAGGAGCCAAAGGAACCUUUAAGACCACCGCUGCUCUAGUUUCAGUUGUCACCACAUCACUGCUAACAGCUGCCAUGCAUAAAGCCCCAGAUCACACUGAGA